AUGUCCGAACGGGAGAAAGCGUUCGAAACCGCUCGAAACCUUGGCGAUUCGGGCAAGGUUGACGAAGCUUUGGAAGCAAUAUCGAAGUUCACAUCCGAUCCAGAAGUGCAAUAUAAUUUAUCUGAGAUGGAAACUAUCAACACAAUCAUAACAGAGAAGUUAACGAGUUGCUCCUUUGAAGACAAGAAAGAAGCGUGCAAUGUUUGUAUUGCACUUCUAGAAGGGAUAAAAUUAGUAAAAGAUGGCGAAUGGUUGUCAUUAUACUCUGAAUCGGUCUAUGAAACAUUUAGUAGAAUGAGCAUUUGUGCCAGGGAUGAAGAAAGGCAACUCGUUUGGAACCGACUAAAAAGAAUACCGAGACUUCCCGUAUGUGUAACAAAUUCUUUAUAUGUGCAAAUAGUCGGCAUAGAAUGUGUUCAUCUCGCUAAGCGCGACUCGUCAACGUGUCCCAAUUAG